CCGUUCCAAAAAUAAAAAUCAAAGCCCCUCCCUGCUUGGCCCUGCCUUGCCUCUCUUUAAAUUUUCCCAAAAUUAUCAAAUUUCUUCCGUUUUUUUAAAAUUCUCUCCUCUCGAUCUAUCCGCUUCGGGUUUGAGAGGGAAGAGAUAAAGAUAUAUAUGAAAUGGCGCAUAGAGUAGAUAACGAGUACGAUUAUCUUUUCAAGAUCGUCUUGAUCGGCGAUUCUGGAGUUGGGAAAUCGAAUAUCCUCUCUAGGUACACCAGAAACGAGUUCUGUUUGGAAUCUAAAUCCACUAUUGGCGUCGAGUUUGCUACCAGAACUCUCCAGGUGGAGGGAAAGACUGUUAAGGCACAAAUAUGGGAUACAGCUGGUCAGGAGAGAUAUCGAGCUAUCACUAGUGCUUACUACAGAGGAGCUGUUGGUGCACUUCUCGUCUAUGACAUAACCAAGAGGCAAACCUUUGAUAAUGUUCAGAGGUGGCUGCGGGAAUUAAGGGACCAUGCGGAUUCCAACAUUGUCCUCAUGAUGGCCGGAAAUAAGUCUGACUUGAAUCAUCUCAGAGCUGUUUCCGAACAGGAUGGUCAAGCUCUGGCUGAGAAGGAAGGGCUUUCUUUUCUCGAAACAUCGGCAUUGGAUGCCACCAACAUUGAGAAGGCAUUCCAAACCAUACUGACCGAGAUUUACCAUAUCGUAAGCAAAAAGGCAUUGGCGGCACAGGAAGCAACCGCUAAUGCCUCAAUUCCCGGCCAAGGAACCACCAUUGAUGUGGCUGAUGCAUCAGGGAACACUAAGAGAGGAUGCUGUUCUACUUGAAAAAGAAAAGGUAAUAGGUUAUAUCUUUAUUGUACUUAUUUUUACUUGACUGUGAUAUUUUUAAGCAAAACCAUAUGUUAGCAGCUCGAGACGGCUUUUCUUUAAUCGACAUGUUUUCUUCAAAAGUGAAAGAUGGGAGGUUGGAUUCGAAAGUUGCGUUUAGAAACAAAGAAUGUCUAAUUUGUUU